AUGGCGCCUACCCAUAAACCACUUGACCAAUCGACAACUUUCAAGGAUAUGCUUUCGACUGAUCCUCCCGUCGCGCCCGUUGUGCUUCUUAAUGUUAUUUCAAUCCCCAGCGGGACCGACAAAGCGUUAUUCCUGCAGACUUGGCGCCGUUCUGCCGAGGUUCUAAAGAAGGCCCCGGGUUACAUUUCAACCCAACUCCAUACCGCUAUUGGAGACGGUAACUUUAUCGUCAACUAUGCGGUCUGGGAGAAUAACGAAGACCUGAAGAACGCUCUGGCACUCCCUGAAUUUCUGAAAGUCUGUGAAGACUUUCCGGAUGGUACCGAGUUCCGUGCCGCUGUCUUGCAGAAAGCUGCAAUUGACGGUGUCUGUGUGGGUGUAUAA